AUGGCGGGGUUGGGGGCCGCUCGGCAGCUCCUCCUCCUCCGGCUCCUGAGCCUGGCGCAGGCCCAGCGGGUGGGCAGAGAUCUUCACUCUAACAGCCUCACAGACCUGUCUCCUUCCAUGGAUGACGGUGGCGCUGUCUCCAGGGCGUCCCUGGGGCUUGCUGACAUCCACGACUACCAGCAGCAGGCCCCCGCCCGCUCCUCAGACCCCGCUGGGGCCUCCCAGGAGCAGUGGUGCCCUCUGCAGGAGUCACUGAAAAGGCUGGAGGCUGAGGUGACACAGCUCAGAGAGCAGAACAAGGACCUGCAGGAGAGGGUGAGGCAGCUGGAGUCCUGCGAAUGCCGCCCCGCUUCUCCCCAGUGCUGGGCGCUGGGGCGGGCCUGGCCUGACGGGGCUCGCUGGGAGCCUGACGCCUGCACAGCCUGCGUCUGCCAGGGUGGGGCUGCGCUCUGUGGCCCCCGGCCUGGCCUGCCCCAGUGCCAUGGCUGCAGCCACAAUGGUCAGGCCUACGGCAAUGGGGAGGCCUUCUCCCCCGACACCUGCACCACCUGCCGCUGUCUGGCAGGGACCGUGCGGUGCCAGGGGCCCUCGUGCCCAGAGCUCACCUGCCUGGAGAGCUACACCCCACCCGGGGAGUGCUGCCCCGUCUGCUGCACAGAAGGUGAUUCUCGCAGGGAGCACGGCCAAGAAUGGACUGCACCGGGGGACCCCUGCCGGCUCUGCCAGUGCCUGGAGGGCCAAAUCCAGUGCCGCCAGCGAGAAUGCUCCAGCCUGUGCCCAUACCCUGCCCGGCCCCUCCCGGGCACCUGCUGCCCCGUGUGCGAUGGCUGUUUCCUAAACGGGCGGGAGUACCACAGCGGGGAGCCGGUGGGCUCCGGGGACCCCUGCUCACACUGCCGCUGUGCGUGCUGCCCCGUCUGUGCCGGCUGUGAGUACCAGGGACACCACUAUCAGAGCCAGGAGACCUUCCGACUCCAAGAGGAUGGCCGCUGCCUGCUCUGCUCCUGCCAGGCCGGCGAGGUCUCUUGUGAGGAGCAGGAGUGCCCGGUCGCCCCCUGCACUCUGCCAGACUCUGGUCCCCAGCUGUGCUCAGCCUGUGUGCUUGGUGGAGAGGAGUUUGCUGAGGGCGUCCAGUGGGAGCCUGAUGGUCAGCCCUGCACAGCCUGCUCCUGCCAAGACGGGGUGCCCGUGUGCGGGGCUGUGCUCUGCUCCCCAACCCCCUGCCAGCACCCCACCCAGACACCUGGCGCCUGCUGCCCCAGCUGUGAGAGCUGCACCUACCACGGCCAAGUGUAUGCCAACGGGCAGAACUUCACGGACAUAGACAGCCCUUGCCACGCCUGCCGAUGCGAGGAUGGGACCGUGAGGUGCUCCUUGGCUGACUGUCCACCCACAACAUGCGCCAGGCCCCAGAGUGGACCAGGCCAGUGCUGCCCCAGGUGCCCAGACUGCGUCCUGGAGGAACAAGUGUUUGCGCACGGCCAGAGCUUCUCCCACCCCCGAGACCCCUGCCAGGAGUGCUGGUGUCAGGAGGGCCACGCCCGCUGCCAGCCUCGGGCCUGCCCCAAGGCCCCCUGUGCCCACCCGCUGCCUGGUGCCUGCUGCCGCAAGGACUGCCACGCUGCCAGGGACGACUGCUGCCCUGCCUGUGACGGCUGUGAGUAUUUUGGGGAGUCCUACCUGAGCGGCCAGGAGUUCCCAGAGCCUCGAGCGCCCUGCAACCUGUGUACCUGCCUGGAAGGCUUUGUGACCUGCAGUCGCAGACCCUGUGAGCCUCUGGGCUGCAGCCACCCGCUCAUCCCAUCUGGGCACUGCUGCCCCACCUGCCAGGGAUGCCUCUAUCAUGGAGUCACUGCUGCCCUAGGAGAGACCCUCCCUGACCCACUGGACCCCACCUGCUCCCUGUGCACCUGCCAGGAAGGUUCCAUGCGCUGCCAGAAGAAGCCAUGUCCACCUGCUCUCUGCCCUCACCCCUCCCCAGGCCCCUGCUCCUGCCCUGUGUGCCACAGAUGCCUCUCUCAGGGCCGGGAGCACCAGGACGGGGAGGAGUUUGAGGGGCCCUCAGGCAGCUGCGAGCGGUGUCGCUGUCAGGCCGGCCACGUCAGUUGUGUGCGGCUGCGGUGCCCACCCCUGUCCUGCCCACUCCAGGUCACCGAGCAGGGGAGCUGCUGCCCUCGCUGCAGAGGCUGCCUGGCCCACGGGGAGGAGCACCCUGAAGGCAGCACCUGGGAGCCUCCGGACAGCCCCUGCUCCUCCUGCAUGUGUCGCGAGGGUAUUGUCACCUGCGCCCGAGUCCAGUGCGUCAGCUCCUGUGCCCAUCCCCACCAGGGGCCCAGUGACUGCUGCCCUCGAUGCUCUGACUGUGAGCAUGAGGGCCGGAAGUAUGAGCCAGGAGACAGCUUCCAGCCUGGUGCAGACCCCUGUGAAGUGUGCAUCUGUGAGCUGCAGCCCGAGGGGCCUCCCAGCCUUCGCUGUCACCGACGGCAGUGUCCCAGCCUGGUGGGCUGCCCUGCCAGCCAGCUCCUGCCCCCGGGGCCUCAGCACUGCUGUCCCACCUGUGCCCAGGCCUUGAGUAACUGCACGGAGGGCCUGCUGGGGUCUGAGCUGGUCCCGCUGGACCCCUGCUACACCUGCCGGUGCCAGGACCUGACUUGGCUCUGCAUUCACCAGGCCUGUCCUGAGCUCAGCUGUCCCCCCUCAGAGCGCCAUACCCCCCCGGGGGGCUGCUGCCCUGUGUGCCGGGCUCCCGCCCAGUCAUGUGAGCACCGGGGCCGAGAGGUGGCCUCCGGGGAAAGCUGGGCCGUGGACCCCUGCACCAGCUGCUCCUGCGUGCCAUCGACACACUGGGCCCUGGGCCUGGACCAGUCCUCUGUGGGCCGGUUUCCUCGUUGCUGUGCUGGUUGUCAUAGCCCUGCAGCCUGUGCCCGCGGGCCUGGGCCAGAGCCGCCUCUCCCAUGGAGAGCCUCCCUCCUACAGCGGGGGGGCGCGCUGACACAGUGUGUGCGGCCAGGGUGGAUCUUGGGCUUGUGUUUCCCCUCUCUCCAGUCCAGCCUCUCCACACAGGUGCUGUGGGAUGGGCAGUCCCAGGUGGAGGUGAGAGUGCCCGGCUCCUACCGAGGCCAGAUCUGUGGGCUCUGUGGGAACUUCAAUGGCUUUGCCCAGGAUGAUCUGCAGGACCCUCAGGGGCUGCUCCAACUCACGGAGGCUGCCUUUGGGAAUAGCUGGCAGGUCCCCGAGGGGCCGGGACCUGGCCGGCCCUGUUCCAAGGGCCGGGAGGUGCAUCCUUGCCGAGCACCCGCAGUGCCCGAGGUGGCAUGGGGAAGGGGGUGGCACAGAGGGCCAGAUCUGGGUGGGGGAGGCACAGGGAGGGCUGCGAGGGGUGAGCAGGUGACUGGAGCCCUGCCUUCCACUCUGCCUGCAGUGGUGGGCUGCCCCCUGGACCGUGGCUUCGUGUUUGAUGAGUGUGGCCCGCCCUGUCCCCGCACCUGCUUCAACCAGCACGUCCCCCUGGGGGAGCUGUCUGCCGACUGUGUGAGGCCCUGUGUCCCUGGCUGCCAGUGCCCCGCAGGCCUGGUGGAGCAUGAAGCCCACUGUAUCCCACCCGAGGCCUGCCCCCCAGUCCUACUCACUGGGGACCAGCCACCCCGAGAUCUGCUCAGCCCCAGCCAGGAGUCCCGGGGGACACCUGACCCAGGAUGACAGCGACCGGGACUCGUCAGACCAGAAGUCUCUCCUUGGAGAGCAGCUCCCACCCUGGCCAGAGCUUCAGCGCGAGUGCCCUGCGCUGGCACUGGGAGCCUGGGCCCGUGUCCCACAAAAACCCCAGCCGUGUUGAGUCAGAAGCAGUAAACUCGGGGCCUGACCUAA